GGCGAGCGCCCCGCCGAGCCGCCCCCUCCCCGCUCCCUCCCGGAGGGUCCGGCCAGGGGCGACGCCGAGAGCACGUUUCGCGGCCCGGCGCCACCGAGGCUCCGUCUGCCGCGCUGGGCUCACCGCGCCAUGGGGACAGGCAGCGAGGCGUGAGCAUGACCCGCUCCGAGCCCAGCCCAGCCAUGCCCGCGUCGCCCCUUCCUGUUAGCCGUGAGUUGACUCUGUAUUGCUACAGAGACCCGCAAUGGGAGUGUGCAGUUUUCUGUUGAAAAAUUCUCUCAAGAGCUCAUGAUUUUUUUCCAUCUCUCCUCUUAACAUUUCUACUACUCCGCAGACAUGGCUCACCACGCAAGGCCUUCCAGAUUAGCCAAAAAGGAAGAGAUAGGCAAAAAGAAAACUAACCAGGGUAAAAAGAAAUCUAGCCAAGUGAGAAAGAAAACCACAAAGACUUCCACAAAAGCUGUUAGUUCUGGAAAAGGCAAAAAGCCGGCACAAGAAAAAGAUGUUAAGAAAAAGCAGCAAGAAAAGAAACCAAUCAUGAGCUCUUCAGGUAGAUUUCUCAGGAGCAGUGUCACCAGAACCUUGUCUGGAACACCUUGGGUGAGUUUGGAGAAAGCUGACAAUAUCCUCUUUCAUAGCCAGGAAGCUUUCAACAUCAAUGGUUUUACAAUGUCUCUUCGUAACCGAUCAUUCUCCCGUAGAUUUUCUCAAGCUCCAACAAUUGCAAAACCCAGAAAAGCUGCAGCACAAAAAAAGCUAGAAACAAAGGAAAAACAUGAACAAGCUCUGGCAGUAGUAGAAGACAAAAAUGUUGAAGCAUCCGAAAAUGUGUUGGAACAGAAUUUAGCAGAAGAUGAAUUAGCUUCUCUGCCUGUAGAGGAUAUUCCGUGCAGUGUAGAUGAAGAGCCUGCUGCCAUGUGUGCUGGUCAAGAAGAGGAGGGAGAAAUACCUGAAAUGAAGAACUCUGUUCCAAGCACCCAAGUGACUGAUGAUAAUACAGCAGAGUCAGAGGUGGAGUAUGAGCACGAAGACCUGCCCUGUGAGCAGACGCUCAUUGAUCUCAAUGCAAGUAGUGCAGCUGAAGCAUCUGCUGAAGAUGCUGCAUUGGUGCUUCCGUCUUCUGAUUCCAUAACCACCUCUGAAUCAAACUCGAAGGUGUGUAUAGAGACUCCCUUCGACCUGGUGCCUAACAGUAAAGAACCUGACUCUGAUUCUAUUGAUACCUCAGACCCCAGUUCAGCUGUGCUGUUAGAAGAGUUGGUCCCACUUGCUGAAUCCCACACUGAAGCAGAGUCAGACCUGGUGCUAGCCAGCGAAGAACGCUACUCAAGUUCUGUACCCACAGUUACCUCUGAGUUAAAUUCACAAGAAUGUUUAGAAGAUUUGAGCUCAUUUUCAGAGUCCUGCAUAAAAGCAGAUGGGAAUUUGAAGUCUGAGAAUGAAGAUCUUGGUUCACAUAAAGCUGCCACUGGAUCAAAUUCACUUUUACAUUUUGAAAGUGUAAGUUCACUUGUGGAAUCUGGCAUGAAACUCGUGGAUUUUAUGCCCAUUCACAAAGAGAUUGACUCAUGUUCAGAUCUGAGCUGUACAGUAGGGAAUACAGAAUUAGACUCAAAAAACAUAUUCACAGUAAGCGAACCAGUUUCCGAUACCUCUUUAACCAAUAUUGAAGUGGAGGAUAUUGAACAAUUUGUUACAUGUAUUGAUGCAGAGACAUUAAUUUUGAAUUCAGGUUAUGUCCCCGCUUUAUCAUCAGAUAUAGAAAAACGAGCAGUCGAUGAACUCUCCAGUGAGAGUUCCAGAAAAUUCUCUGAAGGUUUUGUUUCAGAGUUCCCUUCAAGCACAGAAAUCUCUGUUCUUGCCUUAGAAAAAGCCAUAAAUGCAGAUUUGCCAGUUGAUUUGAGACUGCAGCAGAAUGAUUAUUCAUCACAGAUGGAAAGUGUUGGAAUAAGCUUGAAUUUGGUUCAGGACAACGUGAGCAACAGCACUCAAACAGUUGAGGCCUCAGGGCCAUCCUCUCUUACAAAUCCGGCUGGCAGUCACCCUCUUGCAUAUUCAUCUCUGCUCCCUAUGUUAGAGAAAAAGAAACGAAGGCGUUGUGGAGUCUGUGAGCCCUGUCUGCGGAAAACAAAUUGUGAAGAAUGCAGCUGUUGCAGGAAGCGCAAAACCAGUCACCGGAUAUGUAAAAAGAGAAAAUGUGAAGAACUGAAAAAGCCGCCGCCACCAAUCACACUACCUCUUGAGGUUCUAACUGAAAACAAAAGACCUCAGAGGAGGAAGCAAAGAGUUUUUAAGGCAAAUUUAGAAAACAAACCAGUAAAUGGCCGCAGACCAGAACUCAUGGAAUGCAGUAUAUGCGGUCAUGGUGAAAAAUACAGGGUGAAAACAAACCAAACACAACCCUUUGAAAAUGCACAGUCUAAGGAGAAAGAAAGAAUGACAGGCUUAGAAGCAGAGAAGUGGGCACAUAACGAGAAGCCAUCCUUUGGUGUCCAUGUCAAUGGAGAUACCCAUGGAACUGUGACAGGCCACGAACACUUGAGAAAUGCAGAAGAAAGUGAAAGAGCGGUCUCUCCCAGUCAAUUAGCUGAGCCAAAAAAAUCAUUUGCACAGACCAUCAAAAAUGGCAUAAAAACCCUACAUUACUUAUCACCAGAAGCAGUUGCUUCACUGAAAAAAGCAGCUGUAGUGGAAAGGACAGAUUUGACAAGCAACUCCCAUGCCCAGUGGAUGAAGGCUACCAAUCUGAAUGACAUAGUCAGCACUCUGACAACUAGUGUUAGCUGUGUUCACCCAGACAAACAAGGAAAUCUUUUCAUGAAAGAGGAAAACUGUACUUGCAGUGUCUUUCAGGAUUCUGAUAAGUCAGUACUGCAAACCAGUUCUGUUUUGGAUCUGCAAGAAAGCACGUGUUGUCCUCCUUUGGUUAAAGAGGAAGUGCAUGGAGAGGAUGGCUUCAGAGUACCUAACGCAGAGACACAGCAUGAGAGUCCUUCACUCCAGCCAACUUUCUUGUCCCUGAUUAAAAACAGAAACCUAACUGUGGAGCAGGUUGUAGCUAUUGAAGCUUUAACACAGUUAUCUGAAGUCCCUUUAGGAACAUCUUCCCCAGCUAAAGCUGAAAAUAGUGAGUGUACAGAAGAAAGAACUUCCAACUUGCUCCAUAGUUAUAAAAGAGAUAUUUCAUCCUCCUUUACGUCUUCUACAUUAAAAGAAAUCAAUGACACUUACUUACAGAAAGAACAACAGCUCUUGACUCACUGUGCUCACUCACAAAAGCAGCUCCCGAAUAAGCCAGCGUUGUACAAUGGCCAAAGUUCGAUUUCUGAAUUGCGUGACAAACCUGCCAAUCUUGCUAGCGAGAUGUAUAAACUGCAGUUAUCCUCAGGAGAUACCAAAACUUUAUCCGAGUUAAGAUCUAAUGCAAAAUCAUUUUCAGGACUUAAUACCAAGAAAAACUAUGAUCCAGUCCCCCUUUCACGGUAUUGCAAUGUUCAACAUGCGAGCAACAGCUUGGAUACUCUUGGCCAGUUAGAUCAAAAGCCAACCUGUAAUGAUUUGAACUUGGAAGCUGGUUCUUUAAUUAAAGAAGGAGGAAUUCACAGCCAGGAUGAAGAGGAUGUAGCUACACAACUAACUCAACUUGCAGCAUUAAUUGAAUCAAACCGGGCAAAUCCAGAACAGAAGAAUGACAUAAAGACAUCGCUGCUUAACUUAAUAUCCCAUGAGAGGCAAGCAAAACAUAACCAAGAUCUGCUGCAGAGAAAAGAAUCUGUAUUUUUUAGGCAUAAUUGCGGUUCCUUACUGUUAAAGCAAAAACAAUCAACAAAUAAAAAAGGAAAUGCUGUACCAUGGAAACCAAGACACAAAAAAAAGCCUCAAGAAGCACGCUAUCAACAAAUUAAUCGAAACCAACUAGAGUUGUUGUCAUGCCAGCAUAGUGAGUUACAGGACAUUUGGAUAUCAUCAAAACUGCACAAGCUUGGCCAAACCAUGCCACAGGACUCUAGAAUAGCUUUGUCGGAAAAAAAAUCACCAAGAACCAAAGUACAGAAAGCACUGAGUCAAAAUGCGCUGACAUUACAGGAAAAACCUAGGUUGUUUCUUCCUCAAACACAGAUAAAGUUCCACAGAUUAUCUGAGGUACCGCAGGACAAAAAAAAAGACAGGUUGUUUGGCUAUGAAGUGGUGAAUGAGCAAAUCAAAACUGCAGGCUCCAGUGACCCACCAGGCAUCAUUCCACUGAAAAACGAUGUUGCGGCAUGUAACCAAUAUAGUGAUCUGCUCUCCCGUAAUCCUCUGUCAGUUUCGCAGUUGAAAACAGCAUCCUUGUUAACCAGACCAAGUGAAAACACACAGAUGUUUACAGAAAAAUGUAAUUCUCAGGUACAGCAGGCAGUGAAUGUUGGUCAGACACAUCCUUUGCCUCAAACUUUUAGUCAGUCUAACCUGAGAGCUAGCGAAGCGUGCAGUGAAGAUAAAGCCUAUGUCCAGCAGGGUGCUGUUGAUCGACAGGUAGAUCCGAAGUCGCAGAUGCUGCCUGUUUCCUGCAGUGCGGGUCAGGUGCCAGGCACUGUGGAAGCUCUCAGGAACAUGGAGUGUGCAGGUGAAGUUACCAUUCUAACAUCAAGAAGUUUGGGUACUGACCAUCCGCAGAGCACAGGCGACUCAGGGUGUUCUCCAGCAAAAAACACACUCAGCAGUUUUCUUGAAUCACCGAUGAAGUUUCUCGAUACUCCUACAAAAAAUUUAAUAGAUACACCUACAAAAAAAGGACAGUCUGAAUUGCCAACUUGUGACUGUGUUGAGCAAAUUAUUGAGAAAGAUGAGGGCCCAUAUUACACACACCUCGGGACAGGACCAAGCGUUGCUGCUGUGAGAGAAAUAAUGGAGAACAGGUAUGGAGCAAAAGGAAGCGCUGUGAGAAUAGAGGUAGUCGUUUAUACAGGAAAGGAAGGAAAAAGCUCUCAGGGGUGUCCGAUUGCCAAGUGGGUGAUACGAAGAAGUAGUGAUGAGGAGAAGUUGCUAUGCUUGGUACGUCAGCGUGCGGGACACCACUGCCAGACUGCUGUCAUAGUGAUUCUCAUACUGGCGUGGGAGGGGAUCCCUCAUCUCCUGGCUGAUACGCUGUACAAAGAGCUGACGCAGAGCCUCAGAAAAUACGGCUGUCCCACGAGCCGCAGAUGUGCACUGAAUGAAGACCGUACGUGUGCAUGUCAGGGACUUGAUCCAGAAACGUGUGGAGCAUCAUUCUCAUUUGGCUGUUCAUGGAGCAUGUAUUUCAAUGGAUGUAAAUUUGCCAGAAGCAAAAACCCCAGGAAGUUUAGGCUUCUCACUGAUGACCCUAAACAAGAGGAACUUCUUGAACAUAAUUUGCAAACUUUAGCUACUGAUGUGGCUCCGGUUUAUAAAAAGCUUGCUCCUGAAGCUUUCCAGAACCAGGUGGAAAAUGAACACAUGGGCCCAGACUGUCGGCUCGGAUCCAAGGACGGUAGGCCUUUCUCUGGUGUCACAGCUUGCAUAGAUUUUUGUGCCCAUGCCCAUAAGGACACACAUAACAUGCACAAUGGAAGCACUGUGUCCAAAGGCUGCGCAGUAGAGGUCUGUACGUUAACAAAGGAGGACAACCGGAGAGUCGGGGUGAUUCCAAGUGAUGAGCAGCUCCAUGUGUUACCUCUAUACAAAAUUUCACAAACAGAUGAAUUUGGCACUGAAGAGGGAUUGGAAGCUAAGAUAAAAGCCGGAGCCAUACAGGUGCUCACAGCGUUUCCCAGAGAAGUACGGAUGUUAGCUGAGCCUCUGAGAGCUACAAAGAAAAAGAAACCUGACACGAGGAGGACCCCAAGUGAAAAGCAGCAAUUAAUGGAUAAAAAAUAUUCAACACCAAUAAAGCUGAAAACUGAGGCGCCAGAAAAUCUCAGUAACACUUUGCAUUGCUUAGGGAACAAAGCAGAUGCUUUAAAACCUGGGAUAAAAACGGAGACUUCUGAUCACCUCUGUGCCAUGAAACAUACUUCAAACACUACUAAAAAUUGCUCCUUAUUAAAACAAUAUACGGCUUCCUCCCCUUUUAAGGUGGAUAGUUUACAUCCUUAUUCAUCGUUAGCACAUAAGCCUGGCAUAACAGCAGUGACUAAUAUUCAACAAGAUUUUUCAGUUCCCUACGGGUAUUUUGAAUGCAGUAGUAAGCAACCUCACGUGACACCUUAUAUUAAUUGUAAGAACUUUGAUGUGUCUGUCAAAGAUUAUACUGGAAUUUUGCUGAAUGAUAAGAUGAACGGUGUGCCGCCAAUUCUUCCAGAGGUCACUGCUCCAGGCCCCCCAGCCCACAAAGAUCCCCCGCCCAGUAUACUUGAACAUCAGCCAGACAAGCAGAAUUGUCAGCCUCAGUCAGACAGUUCUCCUUCUUCACAGAUGAUCGGCUCUUGCGAUCUGUCAGUACCGUUAAGCUCUCCAGCAAAGGACGCAGUUGGAAAUGAAGCUGACUGUUCCCACAGGUGCCCGGUGGAGAAGGGUGGCUCCCAUCGAGAGCAGAUGUGUGAUUUUGACUGCAUUGACGAAAAGCAGAACAGCGCCCUGGGACAACCGACUGAUUCUGAAGAAAAAGCCGAGGAAAUGUGGUCAGACAGCGAGCACAAUUUUUUGGAUGAUGACAUCGGCGGCGUAGCUGUGGCACCUUCUCAUGGUUCUAUCCUAAUCGAAUGUGCGCGACGUGAACUCCACGCUACCACACCUAUUAAAAAGCCCAACCGCAAUCAUCCCACGCGGAUCUCCUUAGUUUUCUACCAACACAAAAAUUUAAAUGAGCCAAAACACGGUUUAGCCAUGUGGGAAGCAAAGAUGGCUGAGAGGGCGAAAGAAAAAGAAAAAGAAGCAGAGAGAUUAGGAACAGAGAAUACCGAACUGAACUCCAGCAGCAGGAAAACAAAGCAAACAAGUGAAAACAGAGAGAUUUUUUAUGAAGACAACGAGUUCAACCAAAUUCCAUCACGCAGAGCAUUAACAGUAACUAAAGAUAACAUAAUAACAGUAUCUUCUUAUGCCCUUACCAGAGUUGCAGGGCCUUACAACCAUUGGGCAUAGGCUUUAGUAUCAAAUGCCUCCUCUUGGUGCAGCGUUACGCAGUGUUUCUUUAAGGUGCUGUUAAAGAACAAGUCUUGUGUCGUUUACUAUUUGCUCAUCUCAACCAUUUUAAGGCUGAGGUAAAAAAAUAAAAAGAAAAGGGGGGAUUUCUUCUUAAACUGUGACUUUAACAUUUGGUGGUGCUCAAGCACAUUUUAAGCAAAAAAAAAAAAAAAAAAAAAAAAAAAAAAAAAGUUGUAUAGUUUUAAUACAUUCUAAAAAAAGAUUUUGUUUAGGUUAUUAACCUUGAUUGAAAUCAUUCAGUUUAUUACCUUUAGGAAUUUAUAUUUUGGUGCUUUAAAUCAAGUCUGUUUACUACAAAAAUCAUUUAUAGGGAUUUUAACAGGUUCACAUUUUAUGGUGUUAAAUCAAGUUAUACAGUAAUAGCUCUACACAGCUCUUGGUGCUUAACCACAUCAAACAGUUAAAAUAAAUAAGCUGAAUUAUUACUUCAUGGUGCCAUUGCUUUAACAACUUCCAACCAUUGCUAUGUAGUACAAAUUGCAGAGAAACCUUUUAGAAAACCAAUGAUUCUUUUUCUCUAGAUUUGUCCUUCCACAUGAAAUGAAGUUAUUGGCAAAGAUGGCUGGAAGUUGUUUUUAAGCUGUAAAUAUAUAUUUUAAAAGCACUUUCUAUUUUUAAAAUUAACUUGAAAUAGUAUAGUAUAAGGAUCAUAUUGUCUAAGGUUUGUGCAUACUCUACAGAAGAAAUCAUUUUAUUCUUGCUGUGUAGAGUUCCAUAUUGUUACAGCUGCAGUAUGUAUGCUAAUAGUAUGUGAUUGUUUUUAGACUUGCCCUUUUUUGUGGAAGAUUUUAUUACAUAUAAACAACUUAUAAAGUGCAGAAACAUUUUAUUAUUUGAAAGAGAGUGUGCAAACAUGAAAUUAGGAGACAUCAAUACGUGUGUUGCUAUUGAGGAGUUACGAUUUUUGUUUUUUUAAAGGCAGCAUUUGUUACGAUUUCUUUGAGCAAUAAGUGCAUAAGUCUCAUUCAUUUGGAACAUUAUAAGUUAACGUGACAACCAAAUGUUCCUAAGACCUCAGGGGUAGAUUUGUUUUGGGAUAAAGAAUACCCCCUAGAGUUGCCUUAUUCUAUUCUGAAAAAAUAUAUAUAUUAAUUUGAGGAAAAUAUAAAGGAAGCGUUGAAAAAGAAUAACAUUUCUAAUAUUUAACAGCAAAUUUUUCAUUGAGAAAACCCAUCUGCAGUGUUCACCAGCUAAGUUCAGGUUUUUUACAAAAACGUUUUGUAAAUUGUUAAGUGAUUUAUACAUUUUGAGUAGAAAAGGUUGUAUUCUUCCUUCCAAGCAUACGAAUUUUGUUUUCCGGUUCUCUUGGAAAAGUGUCAUAUCGUGAAACCAGUAUUUGCCAAACCAGAGAGAAAACAGGCACUCCAUUGCUUUUAAAUGCUGUAGCAUCCCACUCUUCUUUCUGAUUCUCCUCUCCUAUGUAUUUCCUUUUGAAACUUAUUUAUUUAAACAAAUUACCAAAUGACAAUGUUAGCUAAGGACUGACCUCAUCCUGCAGCUUCCUCCACGAGAACAGUUCCACGUAGCCGUACCUGCCAGUCCGAGCGAGGAGCGCUGCUCAAGCCAGGCCUCCUCUCCGGGCUGAGAGCUGCAGGAUCAGGGCCCAGAGACAAAGCUGUACCUUAAGUCUGCCUCAGAGUCCUCCCAGCUGAGUAAGCCCAGGGCUUAACGAGGUUAGAGUUCUCCCGUGUGAAGGUAUACUAAUAAUAUACUUGAUAUUGUUAUACUGUAGUGGUGCUGUAACAGAGGAACAUGAAUUUUCUAGGUCUCCUUUAUUUAAAAUCUAGACAAGGUGCUUUUUCCUUGAAAAGUUGAGCUGUAAAUGAAAUGUUUACAGUUUUGGUACGAAAAGUACUUAAAUGGUGUUUUUAACAUAUAGUGCCAGUUAGGACCUUGGUGAUACAAAUACGUAAAUACGGCUGUAGAUCAUUGAGACUGUUCUCCUGUAUAAAGGUAUACACAUGUCGUGUUUGCAGGAGCAAGGUCUGAAGUAGCAAUCACUCUAUAAUGACCUGGGGUUCAAUUGCACAGAUUCCUGUCCAAGUCAACAAAAAUACUGAUGGCAGAUGAUGGCUGAAUUGAACCCAUUCUUUGCAUCUUAAGUACAAUUUGUAAAAACCGGGUAUGCUGCAAAAUCUUAGUUCAGAGCUUAAUAUUAGUUCAAAUAGAGGAUAUGAAGGGAUUGUAAAUAAUAAUAAGACAAAAACAAUAUUACACCAUCAUUUUGUACCAGCAGUUUUAUGCUUCUUGACUACGUAAUAUACAGUAUACAUCAAAUCACUAUGGUAUUUUGUGUGCCUUAGAUUUCCAUUUUGAAACUCAUAUUACAUUUUUAGUGAGCCUAAGACUAGUAAGAACUCCAGCUGUCCAUACAGGAAGUAGUGCUGUGUGUUCUGUAGCUAUUCCAUUCACAUAUUUGCUAUCUGGAAGCCCUUGUCCAAGACCGUGAGCAAUCAUGUACAGGACAUACUAGUUGAUUGGUUUCACUGCUAGUGCUGAUGGCUUUAAUUUGUGUAAUACAAAUUGAAAAUACCAUUCAGCACUCCUAUAUGAGUAACAACUUUUCUACACAAAACAAUGUUACAGAGCCAUCUACUUAUCGUUAGAAAUGUUCCGAUCGUUGAAGUGGAUCAGUUUCACUUGAAUCGCCCCCAGUAAAUGUCCAGGUUUAAGUUAUGUAUUAAUAGAAACUUCAAGAUGAAAACGUUCCAUUUAAAAACCAGCAGCUUUCCUCAAAGAAGUGAGAAAGAAGUGAAAGGUAGAUCUGAAAGGAUACCUCCAAACAGAGCUCGUGGCAAGUCACUGCAAAAGUGACGGCACCAGUAGAAUUUCAGCAAGUUCAGGUCUACCUUAUUUGAAAUGGCAGUUUUGAGAGAAAAGUUAUCUUAACACAAUAGUAAUGCUAUUAACUGAUAGGUGCUAAAACUCAGAGUUACUACUUAUUAAGAUUACUUAUAUGAGAAAUAUAUAUCAUCUGUACAAUAGGUGCUCUUUCCUCGAUUGUCUGUAAUGUAACUACUUUCUCAGUGUGUAUCUAACAGGCAGGUUAGCUGGCCACUUCUGUUUCCUGCUGUGGCACAUAGCAGGUUGUGAUUUAAGAAGUUAGUAUUUUCUAUUGCUGUACUGCGGUGUGAGAAAUACAACCAUUUACUGUUUUUACAACUGUGUGCUAUUUAUUGUAACAUUUCAGAAUAUUUAUCAGCCCCAUAUACAAACUAUGGUUUUGGUCGGGGAUUUUUUUUUUUUGAGAAAGGUUAUCAUUUUUAUAACAGUAUUUGUCUGUUAAGCUUUGUAAAUCUGUGGGUGUAUUGCUUUCCUUCACAGCCCACAUUCCCACAUUGCCACUUGCAAUUUGCUCUUACCCCAUAACAAAGUCCUUCCAGGGUGGCCGGAUCAGAAACUGGAUCCAAAGUUAACGUAGAUGGCUAGGCCAGACCCACAGAUUGUACUUGGUUUCUAACAGCUGGCAUUGUUCCUGGCAGGAAAAAAAAAACAAUGGAUUCAGGUAUGGGCUGCUGGUGGGAUGUGGUUGCCUUUGGAUCCUUUUUCACAGUACUCUAGCAACAGUUGUCAAGAGCCAACGUGGAACACCUUUGAUUUUCUGGGAGAGAUGUUCCUCAUCCCUUUCCCCAUUGGGUCCAGGACCACCACCCCACCUUUACUGUGAAGGAGUGAGGAGAGAGUAGUGCUUGCUGCAGGAGCCAGUUCUGUGCGAGACACUGAGUCCCUCCUGGGUUACUGCAGUCAUGCCCAACUAAAUACUGAAUGUAACCCAUAGGGGUUCUUUGUGUUACUGUUUGUAACGUGCCAUCUUGCACUACAGAACACAGCAAAAAUAAUUUCUACAAAUAUUUUAGUCACAAGAUCCAAAAAGCUUUGUAAGAACUUACAGAUAUUAGCUGCCUUCUGGCUGUAACAGUUGUAUGCAGUUUUACUUUUUUUUUGCAAGGACUUUCUAAGCUAACUCUUUUACUUAGGAAUAACUGCUAUUAAAAGUCCUUAUCUGACCUAUGACAGUACUUCUCUAUACUUAGAACAGGAAAUAACUGUAGUAUCUAUAGUAACACUUUAUGGUAAGCAUGGGUAAAUUAUGACUUUGUUAAUACUAAAGAUAAUCUGUAACAUACAACUGUUUGGAUUUAUUUUUUUUGAAAAAGCCUUUAUAAUAUCAUUGCAGUAUUACUCUAAAUCUGAUGGGUUAAAUUUGGGUCUCAUUUGGGUCAUUGCUGCAGACCUGUUGAUUGCAAUAUGGUCAUUUAUCAAGCUUUCAUGCAAUAUUCAUGCAAUUUUAACUAAAUGGAUAUGGGUAGAGUUGACCAAAGUCAGUGCCAACUCAGACCCUUGCAAUACUUCCACAAUGAAUAGCUCUUGCAAGGACGGAUGCAGAGAGAUUUGGAACCAAUGUACUUCCUGUUAAAUGCAGAGGUUAUGUCGUCUGUAGCUCCGGAAGUAAUUCCUGGUCUGUAGAGACAGUACCUUCACCUUGAGUUUCACACGUGUGAGCAGAUCUCUUUCAGACCUGUUUUGGGCUUAAGUUCUUAUCAGCUUUUUAGACUUUUCUUAUUUGAUACAUUAUCCAAUGACAAAUUUUAAUUGAAACCCGCUUAGUAAAACUACAUCUUCAUGAUUUUACAUUUAAAACGUAUGGUUCCAUCUUGUUCUUUAAUUUCCUAUGAAAUUCCUCUCUGAAAUCAGCUCAUUUUAUCAAGUAGUCAUCAGCUUUAUAAUCUUUUCUUGAAACUACAUAUAUAAGUACUCUCUUCUACUACCCCCCCAUAACCCUCCCCCUAAAUACUCUAACUUAGGCUAACAGGAAGAAAUAACCACACCUUCAUGUAUACAAAAACCAAAAUUGCAUGUCUGCUUCUCACUUGCUAUAUGUGACUACAGUUGUAUUAAUGCAGUGUUAAGUGAAUUCUCUUUCAGGUCCACUGUGGCCAUUAAAAUUCAAAGUGAGGUCUUUGUGAUGCAUCUUCCAUAAAAUUGUUGGUGUUUUAUUUCUUCUGUGUGAAAAAUGUCUGCCCAGCUGUGCCCUGUGAUCACUCUCUUAAGUAAUUUAGAGAUAAAGAACAGUCCAAUCACAUGUGGAAAUACUGUCUGGCUUUCUUAAUUUUUUCAGGCCAUCUGACUUUCAGGAGAAAAUGAGAAGGAAUAUCUUACUUUAAAAAACAAAAAACAACUGCAGAGAAAGCCUGUGUUGACUGUUGUGACACCAUGGUACUGCACUGCAGUCUGCAUUGCAGAACUGUUUCUAACCAGAAAAAGGACGUGUCAUUGUGUCCCACAGCUGUGGAUGCAUGAACGCAUUCGUCCGCUUCCAUAGUUCUUCUGGGGACAGUAAUUGUUGCUUUGUUCUCUGCCUGAGUAUAUUGGUUUGUUGGAGGAACAAUAAAAGAAGGCAAAAAACAAAGAGGAGGGGGAGAGUGUUGGUCAGUGUGUGUGUAGACAGCCAUAGGCAAAUAGGUAGUGGGUACAGUGCUUCUGAAACGGCUUUCUCUGUUCACAUGGCGUGGUUGCUAGGGUACUUCUUUACACUGACCCUUAUUUUGGUACCUCUAAUUUUAAAUACAAAAGCUUUUUAAAGUCCAUGUUACAUUUAUGUCCUUCUUUAACAUGAAAUAGAGAGGCUGCUUAGUGGAACAGUACACAAAUUGGUUUUGGUGUCUUCUGCCGUGAUCUGAUCCAUAGUCAGCUUUCACAAGUUGUCCACAUGGUGCUUGAAUAUGUUGCUGCAAAAUGUGGAGAUUUACAUGUGAGGUUUUCUCAGAGACCAAGGAUUUCUAAUAGUAAUGUCUACUCAGGUGCCAGUAAACAUAGAGGUCAUUUUUUUCUUCUAAGUCUUUGAAAAUUGAUUUAAUGUGUAUUUUAUCAUUGUCCAAUUAAAACACUUUUAGUCAUGUCCGAAGAGUAAGCCGAUUUUUUUUCUUAACACUUUGCAUACCUGCUUGCUAAAUGCAGACAGUUCUCAUGGUAAUGCAGUGUAUCUCCCUGAGGAACACUUCACGUGAUCGGUGUCAGUGGGUAGGCACUGCUUUCUGCCCUGUACAGACAGCGCCGAGUACUGGCAGCUUUCUCAUCCCAUGGUCUCUUUAUGGAUCAUCUGUUGUGGCAAGCUGGCGGCCCUGGAUGAUGUUAUAACCAGCUGCCAAAUGCUUUAAGCACUUCCAGCUGCUCCAGAAGUCCUUCCUAUCACUCUGCAGAUCUGCUUCGGUACUCAGCAGCAGGAGUGCAGAUGUCAGCCUGCUCAUGCUAACUCCCCCACCUGCUACUGCUUUGCACGUUAGUCAUCCGGCCUUCAUCUCAGGAAUAUCAUAAGAAUGUAUUAUUCUUGUGACUGUUCCAAACUCUGUUUUCUUCAUUCACCUUUUAUUCUGUUUAAGGUAGCUCUAUUUUUCUAAAUUCAUGUUCUGUCUUAGAGAAUCCAGAGUAUAGCAGUUGGAUACUUUUUCAUUCCAAGAAAGAAGGACAUUUCAGAAUCUUUCAUCCAUCAGUGUUUUCUUGCUUUUUACAUGUUUUUCCAGUUAACUUCAGAUCUCUUGCUGUAGCUGUUAUGCUGUUGUUACGCGUGCGUGCAGCUAAAGAAACCCUUUGCUCUCAGCCCUCACUCUCUAGAGUGGAAGAUUUUUCUUCCUGUUGCUAGCACCUCUGUGAAGUGAGCCCUCUUUUCUUCCAAGUUACUCUGCCAACUCUGCCCAAGCCUUCACUCAAGGUCCGGCAGACCUUGCACCAUCAUAAGAGGAGUACUUCUUUACAUCUCACAGCUACGUUCUUGUGCAGAGGUUAGUUAUCAUCCUUGUGAGAAACCCCAGUAUUGUGCAGGUGACGUGCCUUAACUGCCAGGACUGCUUGGAAAAAAGGAGUGGAACAAUGGAUUAUUUUGUUUGGUACUUUCUCUGUAACAGCAAGUGGAACUGAUUGAGCUUGAGCAGAAAAUAAUUACAUAGUGACUGCUUUUUAUAGAAGGGUUAUAGGGGUGUUGCCAUUGUCUUUCUGAGAUUCAAAGGCUUUAGGAUUCUUUUUCCAACCCAGUUCCCCAGUUCAUCCCACUAUUGUUUAUGCUGCUUCACCACGUAUUUGUGACUUCAGCUUGUAAAGAUUAAGAUUCUUCUUAAUGCUCUUUUCUGAAUUCUUCUAGAACAGCAUAUUUUCUUUUUUCUACUGGACCAUUUUAUAUGUCAUUUUUUGUGGACAGUUAUAUGAAAAUGCUAGAAUCGUCCAGCAGUGUACUUGCAGUGAAUGCAAGAUUAGGGUGCUAAAUGACUUACGUGAAGGUGACUUGUUCUGUAUGGUGUGACAACGCUGUUUUUACCACUUUGCUCACCCUUGCAGCUUUCCUCACAAAAUGAGAGGACACAGGCUGUAGAUCUGAACAACCUACACCUGUAAGCUUGGACAGAUUUGUCAGCUAACCUACAGAGAGUUACCAGUUUCAGCAGAUGAACUGAAUUCCAAAGAAGUGCUGCUGCAGAGGUGUGAGUUUGAUGUUCAGUAUUGCAGUUGUCACCACAGAACAUUCUAAUGCUGUUGUGGAAAGUUUUGUGAUCUUGUCGAUAUUUUACAUGUAUGUCUGUAGUUUUAUUACGUUGUAAUGGAAAAGGGGCUAGGAUCUGGGAAUCUUUUUUUAAAUUAAGAAUGAAGGAUUUGAUUCUCCUUUAUACCACUGUCCUUUGCACCAUGUUGAAAGGACAGAGAGGCUGUAAAUGAAUGCCCACUGAGCUUACAUCCUUUGGAGUACCCCAUUAUACUGAUUGUGGUUAAAAGGUCAUUAGUAUAAAUUGAAACUGUUACCCACAGAUGUGUACAACCAUGGGAAAUCGAUGUCUUGAUAGCCCUAUUUUGUGCAUACUGCCAAUUAACAUCCAGAUUGUUCUCAGCUUAGAAAUACAGGUUGAAAAGAAAUUUCUCUGACCUGUUUUGUAAUGAAUACUUACAAAUUUGCUUAUAUUGGCUGUGCAUUUCCCAACUUUGUCUACAAAGAGAAUGUGGUAGAAGAUUUGUACCUCAAAAUAAUGAUCUGCCCAGAAAUCUCACGGAAUUGUCAACAAGACUAUUUCUAAGCUUAGGCAGUUUUUCUUUGCUCUUAUUGUAUUUGAACCUUUUACACAGUUACAUAAAGUGGGGUUGUGAGAGUGUACCACAGUCCAUGCCUUUCUGACGUAGUCCCCAGCAGGGUGUGUGGUGCUGUGUGAUGUUGCCACGCUGGGAUAAGUUUUGAGAGACAAAGCUAAAAACCAACAUUCUGUGAGUGCCUGCUGUGUGGCACUGAAACUGCUGGCACUGCCCUGCUUGCUUGUGACAUGCAGGGCUUCCCUUGCUGGCAGUGCAGUGCCAUCCUCCAUACCCUUCUGACAAAUAUUUCUCUUUCAAAAAGAUUUGAAGAAAAAAAUCUUAUAUUUUCAUUUUUUUUUAAUUUCUAAAGUGCAGUGAUACUGCAGAGCCUAACAGAAACAGAUUCUGUGCUAACUUUGUGGAUGCCAGAUCCAUGCGACAGAAGUGUCUGAACAUCACAAAUCUCUUGUCCUGCGAACAAAAAACAACUGCAGGCAAGAAAAGCAAAAAUAUGAUAUCCCAACACCACUGAAAGAAACCCAGUUCUAACCAAUACAAACACUUAGACGUUUUCAAAUUCAGCAAUCAGUCUAAGGCAAUUUGUUCGGCUUAGAAGAGACAGCUCUUCAUAAUGUGACAGAAUUAUACCAGGUCGUAAAUGUUGUUCAGAAUCUGCUAUCACAGAAGCAUUAAUUUUUAGGGACACACUGUACAAAAAUGCUGUAUACAUGAAUUCUUUCCCGAUUUAAAAAAUCAAAGGACUUAACAGUAUGCCAAAAAAAAAAAAAAAAAAAGUCUUUUCUGUCUUCUGUCCUUCUUCCUAUCUCUUUCCCUGUUUUUCUUUCUCUUUCCUUGGGAUGCGUUUGAUAUUUAUUUUUCAACUUUGAGGUUUUGCAUUUUUUCAUUUAACAACCUACUGUAUUUAGAUCUGAAACAUAACUUUUAUGAAGCAAAAGAUGAUGUACAGGGAGAAAAAAAUCAGAAAGAAAAAGCACUUCAUUAUGUCACCGUAUCUACAGGAAAAAGUGUAAAAAUUACUUCUUUUCUCAAAAAAUAUCUGGGGCCUGAUUCUUUCCUAGUAUAACUGAGCAUAGCUUCAUGAGAGUGGUGGAGCUCUGAAGAGUUACACUAGCUGAGAAACUGAACCUUACAAUCUUUGCAGACAAGGGAACCCUUACCAGCAGUACUUGAAGACUUGUGAGUUGUGACUGCAUGUUACUUGAAAGAUCUAAUUAAGCUAUGUUUUUUGGUGCAAGCAGUUGUUGUACAUGAUUUCAUGUUUAUGUAGCAAGAUGCAUUGAAAUGUUGAUACUAGUAUUGAAACAUACAUGUAAAAAUUGUUGUUGUGGAAAUUGUCUGUUCUGUUCUAUUUUUCUUGUGUGUCUCAUCUGUUUAGAACGUAAACUUUCAUUUUUUUUUUAUUGUCCUAACUGAAUAAGGCUAAAUGAAUACUGUAAUUGAAAAUAUAUUUUAAAUCUUGUCAUGAGUUUUUAAAAAGACUAUUACAAAUUGUAUCAUUCCUGAUUACACAGAACUUUGUGGGUGGUUUUAAAUAAAUUUUAUACUUCUAUUUUGCA